CGCGGGGCCGCGGUGGAGGCGGAGGCUGGGCCGGGCUGGCGGCAGAAGAUGGCGAGGGUGUGUAGGCGGCAGCAAUGCUCCGUUGAGAGACGCGGCUUUCGGCAGGAACUGGAUUCGUGGCGCCACAAGCUCAUUCACUGUGUCCCGUUUCCCUCUGUGCGGCGGCCGGCGGGACCAUAAGGGCUUAACUCAUAUAUUUAACCCCCCUCCGAAAAGGUUUGAAAGUAUCCUCGAAGGGCUGUUUGGACCUGGAUUAUUAAAAGAUCUCAGUUUAUUUAAAGACUGUGAACCUGAAGGUGUUUCUGAUUGGACUUUUAAUGAAAAUUGUCUAUUCUGUUGCUUAAGAAGGGAAAAAGUAAAGGAACAUUUAGUCGAUCUGGAUGAACCAGCUUUGGGAGCUGGGCAAGAAGCUCUGCUUAGACAAGGGCAAGCAAAAAUCAUUCGUUUCGAGAGACAAGCAGAAGAAUUCCUCAAUGCAGUCUUUUAUAGAAAAGACAGUCCCUGGGUCUCUGACCCCAAUAUUCCCCUAGUGGCCCGUGAGAUCAUGCAGCGAAUGAUCCAACAAUUUGCUGCUGAAUAUACCUCAAAAAAUAGCUCUACUCAGGACCCCAGCCAGCCCAAUAGCACAAAGAACCAAAGCCUGCCGAAAGCAUCUCCAGUUAUCACCUCUCCCACGGCUGCAACUGCUCAGAACCCUGUACUCAGCAAACUUCUCAUGGCUGACCAAGACUCACCUCUGGACCUUACUGUCAGAAAAUCUCAGUCAGAACCUAGUGAACAAGACGGUGUCCUUGAUCUGUCCACUAAGAAAAGUCCAUGUGCUGGCAGCACUUCCCUCAGCCAUUCUCCAGGUUGCUCCAAUACUCAAGGGAACGGUGAGGACCCAGCAGAGACAAUAACAAUAGAUUCUAACAAUCAGCCGAAGUCACCACUGGAAAAGUUUAUGGUCAGACUGUGUACCCAUCAUCAGAAGCAGUUCAUUCGUGUUCUAAACGACCUCUACACAGAAGUGCAGCCAGGGACUGACGGCCAACGAUUUCCUGAUUCUGAAACUAUGGAUCUUUCUACUUGCAGCCCUGGGUGUGGUCAGCUAAGCACUGAAAAUCAGGAAAAGGGAACUAUUUGUUUUGAUAUGAAGUCCCCUUCUGCAGAUUUACUCGUAGACCGAAUGACAUGUCAAGGGUCCCCUUGUUUGACAGGGUCAACCCUGAAGGAGCCUGCUGAGAUGAAAUCUUUAGAAAGAAAAGAGAAUGCUUUUACUGUUAUCAAAAAAGAUUCUUCUGAACUUCCAACUACUAAAACCAAUUCUGGUGGUCCAAAGGAUAGUUCUACUCUUGGAUACCUCACUGCAUCUAAUUCUUCCUCGUUUAACUCCCACCAUGUUUCUAAAUGCCCAGAAGGGCAAACUACUGGACAAGAGCAUGACAUUAGUGUUAAAAAAUCAGAGGAUGAAAAAGACCAGAUACAAAGCACAGCUUUAGUAGAAGGUUUUAUUGCUGUAAAAGUGGCAAAUGUGAAUAGUACUGAGGAUGGUGACACUUGUAUGGUUUCUCAAAAGAAUUUAUUUAGAGCUUUACCAGAAGAGACUUGGGACUCAGGGUUUAUGGGAAGCUCACCUAGAACUGCUGACAAAGAGAAUGCUUUACAGUGUAGCUCAAAAUCAUCUUUGCACCAGGAUUUAGAGGAAAAUGAACAAGAUACAAGGCCAAAGCAGGAAAACCAUCUCCACGUGCUAGGAAGGAAUAAGGCGGGUUACCAUUUACAUCCUGGUGACAAGGGUCAGUUUGAUAAUUCCAAAGAUGUUUGGUUAUCACCAAGUCCCAUGCCAAGUCUACAUAAAGCAUCCAUUGGACAUUCACGAACAAAAGUUAUAUCAGCCUCCAUUAAAACAGCUCGGAAAAGUAGAAGAACUUCAGGUUUGAGAAUUAAUGAUUAUGAUAACCAGUAUGAUGUUGUUUAUAUUAGCCAACCCAUAACUGAGUGCCACUUUGAGAGUCAGCGAUCAAUAUUAUCUUCUCGGAAGACAGCAAGAAAGAGCACUCGAGGAUAUUUUUUCAAUGGAGACUGUUGUGAGCUACCAACUGUCCGCACGUUGGCCAGAAGCUCACGAAGUGAGGACAGAAGCAGCUGCUCAGCUCUGCAUGCAGAGGCCUUAGGAACUCCCAAACAGGCUCUGACGACUUCAGACAAUGGACCUGCAGAUGUUGAGAUCCUUGGUGAAGACCCUGAAGGACCCAGUGAGGAAAGAUCUACCCUCAAGGAAGUCUCCCAAGACUCUCAGGAGUCCGAAGCUUGUUCUGCAGCUGAGGAUACCGAAGAUCAAACUGAACCUAAUCAAGUUAGUUUCCUGAAUCCGAAAGAAUCUACAACUUCAGGGUCUCCCCUUUCUUUUGUCCAUAAAGAGAAGGUACCAGAAGGCAAUUCUGAUGCCAUAGUAAAUGGCUCCCCUUUGCAUGUGGGAAACCAACCACAAAUUGAACUGUUGGGCACUAGUGAGGCUAGUGUUCCCCUAGGAAUGGAUAGCUGCACUGACCACUCCCCUGAAAGCAUUCUUGAAGGUGAUAGUGACACUGUUAUUGCCUCAAGACCUCACUCUCCUUCUGAAGCUCUUGACAGAGAGGAAAGUUCUGUUUGCUCUGAAAAUCAAGCUUCCCCUAGGAAUUUGAAUCUGGAUGCCCCCGCAGAUUUUGAAAGUGUUAAUAGAAGUCAAAGCAUUAAUAUUGAAACUAAAACUGAAAACCCUCAAGAGCAAGAUGAAAACCAGCACAAACAAGGUGAGGUUGUAUGUACCAAUGAAAAUCGUAAUGACAUUGAGGGCAGUGAGGCAGCACAUGAUACAAGUCAACUAGAGAAAGAAGAGCAAAGUGAUGAUAAGCAGUCUUCAGAAACAGAGAUACAUGAUCAGAACAUUCAUCCAGAAGAGAAUCCAGACAAGAAGAAGAAAGUCAAAAAGACCCUUGUGGCCUCUGAUAGGUGCCUAAGAAGUCAGCUUUCAGACACACCAGCUGCUCUCCACCUUCCUUGUCUUCAGAUCAAAGUUUCCAAAAGUCCGGGUGCAAAACGUCCUAAGAGAGAAGUGUACCUUGAUGGAGCAGCAUCUGUCCAUUUCCCAACUGACUGCUUCCACAAAACACUGUUGGAGAAUAUUGGAAAUAUCAAUACUGAUGAGCAGGAUCCUGAGCAGAAGGAAGGUGAAGGGAAUGGGAUAACCACCAGACAGACUUGUAAAAAUGUGAUAGUGAAAGAUGAUGGGGUUGCAGGAGGAGAAGAAACAUCUCAGAGUAAUAGCCCCACUCCCACAACUAGCCAGGACCCACAAGGAGAGAGGCUUGCAAUCUGUGAACAAACUAAUUCUGAUGCCAGAAAUGUUCAUCUUCUUACAGAAAGCAGUCCUUGUAAAGAAGACACAAAGCAGUCAGAAAAGGAGGUGGUGAGCAACCCUGCAAAGGAUUUAGAGGAAGUUGUCAAUGAGGUAGACGGUGAAAAUCUAAAACAUAGUGAUGCACUGUCUAGUCUGUGUGCGUUACCAAGUGACAGAAAGGAAAGCACUGGUACAGCCCUAAAAUCAUCAGUGAAACAUAAAAGGCUGGCCUCUCCAACCUACAACUUAAGGCAUGCUCAUACAGUGGACUCUUUGGAUGCUGCAAAACCUGCUGCAGGAAAGGAUGUUGUACAGGUACAUUCUGUGCCAGAGGAAAACCAAGUCUCGGAUGCUGAAGAUUCCAUGGAAUUGAAAGAUGCAGAUACAGUGGUGGAUGAUAAGCCAAAGUUUGUGGAAUGGUGUGCUGAAGAGGAGAAUCAAGAACUUAUUGCUGACUUCAAUGCCCAGUACAUGAAAGUUCAGAAAGGCUGGAUCCAGCUGGAGAAAGAAAUACAGCCCACACCAAAAGUAAAGAACAAGUCUGACAAACUGAAAGAGAUCUGGAAGAGUAAGAAAAGAUCACGCAAGUGUAAGGGAUCGUUAGAAGUUCAAAAGCUUUCCCCUGUUCAGAUGCUAUUUAUGAAGCCUUUUAAACUAUCUGACAUUUGUAGGUGGUUCCUAGAGACAACUGAAACAAGAUCACUUGUAAUUGUGAAGAAACUCAAUACUCGUCUCCCAGGAGACGUACCCCCCAUCAAAAGCCCCCUUCAGAAAACCUCCUCUUCUAGCCAGUAUCCUAGUUCACAACAGGCCGAACGCUUGAAAAAACACUUAAAAAAAUUUCCUGGGGCAACACCUGCUAGGAAUAAUUGGAAAACUCAAAAGCUGUGGGCUAAAUUCCGAGAAAAUGUUGAUAAAAUGGACUCAGAAGAGACUGCCACUGUCAGCCUUGGAUCUCACUCUGAAGCUAGUUUAGAAUUCAAGGAAGAAAGAACUAGCCAGCCUUCUUCUAAUUUGCCUACACCAGCGAGUACUCGAAUCCUAAGAAAAUAUUCCAAUAUUAGAGGAAAGCUCCGAGCCCAGCAACGUUCAAUAAAGAAUCAGAAAACGGAAAGUUCAUUUGGUCUCCCUCUGGAAAAUAAACAGAAUCGUAAGAGUGUGUGCAUUAACCCUUUAAUGUCUCCCAGGCUUGCUUUGCAAGUCAAUGCAGAUGGAUUUCCAGUGAAGGCCUCAAGUGCUGAAGGAGCCAGGGGAAGGAAAGGGAAGUCAGAUUCCAUACCUAAAGCUGAAGGUCAGCAGAACAAAAGGAAGAAAACAGCCAAUGAGAACAGCAGCCUGCAAGACAACACCACUUCCACCAGCAAGGACAGAUUGCAAGGAAAGAAAGCCGGUAAAGCCAAACAUUUAGAUGUGUCCUCCAAAGCAUCAGCUAUGAAGAAGCGGCCUUCCUCAGAUAAGACCAACAAACUAUCCAAAAAAGCAUCUUCGAAAGAGAAGAAAGUUAAGAAGGCCACAGACAAGGCUGCAGGGAAGAGCCACCUUCCCCUCCGGAAAGGAAGAGACAAUACUCAGAAGAAGCCAAGCCAGACUCAGCCCAGCCCUCGAGAGAAACUGCUCAAAUCUCCAAAGCAGAAGGCUGCUGGUGAGUCACCUUCCCGGGCACAAAAGACUGCUCACAAAAAGCAGAAUAGUGUAAAGACUAAGAGUAACAGAUCGUCUGUGAAGAAAACCCCAGAGAGCAUCCUGGCCCAGAGAAAACGAAAGCUACGGGCAAAGCUUGACUGUUCCCACAGCAAAAGAAGACGCCUGGAUGCCAAGUGACGGAAAGAAUGGUAGCCAGGUGUGAGCUGUUCUAUGGCAGCGACUCUUUUCUUUGCAUUAACUCAACCUGCUUUUAUAAGCUGUAGCAAGCCUUUAAAAUCUGCAGUUAAAGGAAAACAUCCACAGUUUUAGGCAUCAGAAAACAGUGUCUCAGUUGGAGAAAGGAACUUGCUUUCUCCCUCUAGGGUUGAGAAAGGGAGUUAAUUGCUUUCUGAAUGUUCCUUGGUUUUUAAACUUGGAACCAGGCAGAUUUAGUUUAAAAGUACAGUGCCUUAUUUAUCCCUUUUUUUUUUAAUAAAAAAAAGCUAAAAAGCUAAUCUGUAUGAUUAAAGGCUUGCAUUUUAUACUUGAUGCACAAGCACUUGUACUGUAGCAGAAAUGACCACCAUCGAGCCCCCGAAAGCCGUUUUCCAGCAGCCUUCCAGCAGCAUCUCUGUCUGAACAGUUGUUCCUCUUUGAAAACCUCUUGGUGUUCCCUCCCAGUCUUUUUGACUUGUGGUAAAACAAAACUGAAAUCAUUUGGGAUGGUGUGAAGACUCUAGAGGUGUGUGUGUGGGGGGGUCUAUUGCCCUUUAGUUAAACAUUAUCCUAUUUGUUGCUUUUUUUAAAAAAAAAUUAUCUUUUUAAUUGUUGGUCACUUCUGUGGACUUUGAGUUUUUUAAAUUUCAGACCGUGUAUUCUCAUCAUUGAACCCCACUUAAAAUCCAUGUGGCACAAGAGGUCAGGUGUUUGCUUGUAGCCUCCAAAGUUAUUUUGUAGGCCCAGUUUUUGCUGCUGAUUCUUCAGUAUCUGUCAUCUUUGCUCUGGGGCCUGAUAGCUUGGCUUUCCUUCUAACACUUCCCCUGACCCCAGAAACAAUCUAAACUUUUUUUCUUCUGUCCACUUGUAAUAAUAUCACUAUUAGGACAAAAACAGCCAUUUUAAUUUUCUUAUUCAAAGUCCUCCCACAUGCAAAGCCUAAAUGUUAAAUUUUAUUCAAUAACAAGACUCGGCUUUGGUGAGCAUGUGGGCACACAUUUAAUAAUAAGCAUGUCUUAGUUCCAGUUUUCAGUUUGUUAUGGUGUUUUCCUUGUAUAAUGACGUGCUCAUGGCAUCAAGUGGACUGAAUAAUUAACAAAGUUCAGUCAGUUCAGAUAGAACAGAAUGCCUCUGUGUUAUUAUCCAUCCCCAGGCCUCUUUUGGAAACAGACACCUGAAGAUCUAACCAAUGUAAUCUGCGAGGUAUGUCAAGGGGUUAGCUUAAGAUACCCUCCCCUGGAGGGAGCCCUAAGCAAAACAGCUGCUGUGUGAAAAACGCCUUCUUUGGGAUAGGCAGCCAGCCUUUCCCAUGCCAGGCUCUCCCUGAGUGGUUCAGAAUCAAGGGCCAUCUUCUCUGUAAAAAAAGUUCUUUUUACUUCUUCACUGUAAGCCCGCCUGGAAGGAGGGAGCACAUGUUGGCCGUAACUCUGUGCCUUGAGUGUUGCUUCUCUGCAAAGCUGAUAGAUACAUUCCCAUUGAGCCACUGCAAAGGAGAGCUGAAUUGUUGAAGACUUUUCCAUGGUUUUACUUCCUUGUGCAGCACCUAAAAAGGGUGGUGUGGGUGUCUGUUUUAAGAAUAGCCACCCAUUCAAGACGUUCCAUAUCUCUGUACAUAAAACCUGAUGUUUGUUGUGUUUUAAAUGCACUUCGCUCAAAUCAUGAUAAGACAGGCAUUUCUGUGAAAGGUGAGCUCUACUUAGUGUUAGCAACCCUAGAGGUAACAGUAGAGAAGAAGGACAGAGGGAAAGGCAUAGCUGUGCUGACCUUCCAAGACUCCAAGGCUGGCAGGAGGAGUUUGCUAAUGGGAACCUUUUUCAUUAGUCUUCUCCACUCUGUAAGACAUAGACUAUGUUCAUGCUUUGAAAAAUCCCCACACUUAGCUACUCAAGAGCUACUGACAUUAAUGAGAUUGCGAAGUGUACAUUUUGAUAGCCUUUUUGUUUUUCCCAAACUGAGGUGCAUGAAAAUAGUGGCACAGUUGUAACGUUUUUAAAAGAGUGUUUAUUUUCUUGAAUCUCUUUUCACAUAAAUAUUAAUGAAGAAAGCUUAAUCAUGAUUUAAAUAUCUCUGCCUUUGCCUCAGCCAGGUGCAUUUUCCCCUAGCAUAAAAAUGUCUGGUUUGAAUUUGUUUUUGUUUUUUGUUUUUUAGCUAUAUAUGUUCCAUUUUUUGCAGGGGCUGAGAUAAGGUUGAGGAGAAGUAUGGAGUAAUGGGUAAAUGGAGAGGAUUUUAUAUAGACUUGUUUUCAAAACCCUCUUAGGCUUAUUUUGGGAUUUCAUCAUUUUCUGUUUUUCUGUUCUGGGCUACAUUUGAAAAAUGCGUAUUUCACAUCUGUUAAAUUAAUAGAACCUCUUUUAAAAUCUACUGAUAACUUUGUAGCAGUGACUACUACUGUUGAAGCAGAUGGGAUUCUGUGUGAGAGACACCUUUUAAAAAUUAUGAUUCUUUCUUUUUAUCUUGAGCAAAUCUCAUCACAUUGUUUUAGCUCACUCAGAGUUUCCCUCGCAAUGAUAUGCGCAGCAAAUGUACAAGAGACUUUCCCCUCCUGCCCACCCACUUUCCAUUGCUUGCCAACUAAUCUUUCAGCUCCUUCCUCUGUGGGGUUGUAGCCACAAUGCCAGUCUUUGCAGCACUGCCUACCAAUGAGUCAUGGGCUGGUUUUUUUUUUUCUAUCAAGCCAUAUCCCCUAAUUCAUUGUGGCAAUAGCUGUCCCCUCACCUCUCUUGACUUGCACUGAACUGUCAAUACAUCCCUAAAUGUUUGUAGAUCAAUAAGAGAGUCUUGUGACAGCUGGUAUGGUCAUUGGUGAGCAGCUCUUGAACUUAGGGAAGGGGAUGCCAACCCACCUCUCCCUUCCAUUCUCCUCCCCCCUUCCCUCUUUUUUUACAUUUGUCUCCCGCUGACGUCUUUGUAACUCAUUCUUUCUGCAAAGGUAUAUAUGUAUGUGUGCACAUCUAUGAUUAAUUAUCACCCCCUUUUACAAUUAGACAUUUUCCCCAAAAUUGUAUUUCAUACCCCUUAAAAGAGUACUCUCUUCUUCUGUCUUCUUACUAUUCACCCAUUUCUCAGGGGAAGCCUGAGUUCUGCUCCAGAAGGAGGAAGCAGGAGGAGUCUUUUGAGGCUCUCAGUGUGGAGAAGUAUAAGGAAGAUUUCCAUCAAAUCAGAGUUCAGAAACAACCUACUUAAACCACUACCUGAUUCUCACACUCAACUACAUAAUGACUUCAGAGAUGCUGCUUUAUUUCUGGUUCAUAUUAUAACAUUGCUGGUAUCCGUUAGUCACAAAUGUCGAUCAGGAGUCUGCCUAUCCCUUAGUGUUUCUUUAGUUUUUUGGCACUGUCCAUUUCUAGUACUAAAGAAAUCAAUAUGGAAAUAAUGCCCCACACAUUUUUAUCUAUUACUGUAAGCAUAAUAGGAUACAUGUAGUAGUAUACAUGUAAUAAUUUCCCAGGGAAGAGGUAUAAAUAAAUACUACCAUACAUGUAUGCUACCUUCUAAUAGAGAAUUUAGAUCAAUUAUAUGUAUCAUCUACUACUCUAUUGUAGAUUUCUUAACUAAAAAACUUCAGAUUUUAUAGAUAAAAUUCAUUACUUGGAGACAAGUACUUGGAAUUGAGGCUUUCAUUCCGUCAAGUGAACUCAUGAUUACCUUGUGCUUGCCACUUGUAGCUUAUUCCGUUAUUCUUAUUGGAGGUGGCACUUUCAUUGGUUUGUGGGCCAUGUUGGAAUAAGAGAGGCAAAGGGUACUGCAGAGUAGUGUAGACUGGUAUUACCAGAUGUUGUCAUCAUCUGUGGUGGCACCUGCACCCAGCCCCCACCCUGGGAGGGGGGAGAGUACCAGCUGAGCCAACCCGAUCCAGCAAAUGCCACGUUUUCCUUACUAAUGCUUAAGUUUAAGAAAAUCAGAUUUCUUAUUUUGAGGUCAAAGAAUCAUAUUCUUUUUUCCUAACCUCCCUGUCACUUCUCUUCAUUCUUUUUUGUCUCCUUGCUCAUUUUCUCCACCUCUUUUUUUUUUAAUUUUUGACUUCUUUCUUUACA